AUGAAAGAUAAAUCAAAAUUAAGUAAAACCAUUUUCUUUCAGUUGUUUAUAUGUGUCUUGGGGCUGUGCGCCACUCUGGCGACAGUGAACGCAGGACUUCUGGGCCUGUUGAAGGGAGGCGGAGGCGGCGGCGGCGGCGGUGGUUAUGGUGGUGGAUAUGGCUCUGGCGGCGGAUAUGGUGGUGGUUACGGCGGCAGUGGAGGUGGCGUUCAGGUAAUCAAAGUCAUCAACACCUAUGAGGGCGGCCAUGGAGGUGGUGGCUACUCCGGUGGCUAUGGAGGCGGCUACUCUGGUGGCUACGGAGGCAGUUACUCUGGUGGCUACGGAGGUGGCCACUCUGGCGGCUAUUCAGGUGGCUACGGAGGUGGCGACUAUGGCCAUGGCGGUCACUCCCAUGUCGAUGUUUAUAAAGAAUGGAUUCCGCUUCCUGCUCUGAUCCAUGUGGGCAUUGUAUAA